AUGACUUGCGUUGCUGCGGCCGUUGCUCCCCCCUUCCUGCAGCAGCGCAGCGGGGGCGUAGACUCUGCGUACGAGGAAGAACCACUUACUCCGCAGUAUCCGGCUUCGCUUGCCACAGCAGCGUCCACCCCGGGGUCUACCACGGCCGCAGCAGUCGGCGCAACGCGGUCAGCCGCUGCCAAGCAUUUAGCGGCGGCAAGCCGCGAAGAGGGGCCCCCCUGGUCAGCAAGGGACGCUGAGGGGGCCUCCCUGUGUCUCCAGCCAUGUCAGGAGUCUGCAGACACUCCGCUCGGCUGCUCUGGAGGCACCGCCGCAGACGCGCUGCAGCAGCAACAGCGCCGUAGCAGCCUCAAGAGGGCUCUUCUGGCCCUAGGCUUUGGAGGCGGAAGAGCCACCGCCUUUGGGGGAGUCGGCGGAAUGGCGGGCAAAACAAGCGACGGGGGGGCAGGGGGCCCCUCGUGGAGGCCCCCCGACAUCCCGCAGAAGUCUUCUGAAGAUCGGCGGCAGCUCGCCGAGGAGUAUGCCAAGCGAGGCAAACCCUGCUUCUCAUGGUUAAUCAUUGUCGCCUUGCUUGGGCUUGCUUUGAUGGGAGCUCUCUGCUGGUGCCUUUCUGCCAGCGCAGCAUUCCCUUCUGAGGCUGCAAAAAAGUGUAUUAUCGCCUUGCAUGCAGCUGAGGAAGAAGGGCUGCUCCCGGGAGGCUAUGGGACCCUCGGCGUCUCGAUCAAGCAGUAUCUACAGCAGCAGCCACACCAGCAGCAGCAACACCUGCACCACGCAUGGAUGUACAAGCAGCAGCAGCAUCACCAGAAGCAACAGACUGCGACGAAAGCAGCAACGGCGGCGAGAGCAGCUGCUGCCGCAAUUUUUGGCGAUAGCAGCUCCUUCAUGGCCAGUCUGAUCGUUGAUGCAACACAUGCUUACAUCGAGCUCAGAAGGGGUGUCGCGCUGCAACAGCAAGCGUAUAACGUGCUUUUAAACCUGGUUGAGGAGAAGGAGGAAGGGCGUAAGCUGGAGCUGCUGAUGCAAGAACCCAACAACGACGCACCACAACUUUCCCCGGGAAGACAGCAGUCAGCUCUGCCUGUGAGACAGCUUUCUGCGGCUAUCGAGCCUGUAGAAGCACACCCAGCGCCUCAAAGGACGUCACUGCACAUUGCAGGAUCAAGCGCAGAAAGCGCAGAAGGUGCAGUGACACCUGGACCAGAAACUGCGAAAUCGCCUCCGCCAGCAGCACUGGCCGGGAGGGAGGAGAACGACCAGGAGGCGUUAAAACGCGACGCUGAGAAUAGUCUUCCACAGCGGCAGCAGCACAAGCCGCAAGGCGAACAGCAUCAAAAAGUGAAGGCUGAAAAUGAGCAACAACAACCAAAACAGCCGCUAGCGCACCGUGAAAAAGAUGAAGAUGGUCUGUCAGAACUGCAAAACGCAGACGCUUCGAAGCUGCAGCACGGCCAGCAACGCCAGGACCAAAAGGAAAGAACCAGCCGGCAGGAGCAGCUGCUCCUUCCUGCUGAAAAGCAGCCGAUCCGUGAAGCUUUGCUGCGAGGCGAACUGCCAUUCAGUUUUCAGGGGCCUCUGGACAGAGAGAGCAGCGUUAGCGGCGGGAGGCUUGGCGAAGCUUCCCAGCUGAUGCAAGCGGCGCUCCAGGAGAAGCGCAAAGCCUCCGAGACGCUCGUGAGCACCUUCGUGCGAGCAGAGCAGGAGCUGCAUGAACACGUGGUUUCUCUCCUGCGCAUGUUGCAGAGGAACGCAGAGUCAGCGAAAAGCGACUCGCCGCAGCGCCAGCACAACCACCAGAGGGCUGCCCUGCGGGCCGUUGGCGAAGAGGAAGCGUCCAAACCAGAGCAGCGAGACGAGGGUGAGGAGAAGCGCGAAGGGGAACGCCAGCAGCAAGCGCAACAGCAGACGGAGGCGGACCCCACGGAGGCAAGCGCACGGAAGCAGCAACUGCUGCUGCUCUCCGCAGAGCAGCAGGCCGUUAGUGCGGCUGCCGCUGUUCUCCGCGAUGUGCUGCAGCAGGCCCAGCGUGUCGCCGCUAAGUCUCUGCAGCUGUACGUCAUAGAGGGGAGUCUGUGGGAGCUGCAGCGAGCUGCAGCUGCCAAGAUGCUGUGGCAGGAGCCGCCUGCAGCGGCUCGCACGGCGGGGGCAGCAAGUGGAGCGCAAGGCGAGGGGACGCCAGGGUUGGUUCCCCACACGGGGCCAGAGAGUGUGCCUUCUCGCAGGAAGAGCUACGCUUUGUCUUUUGCUGCCUUGGAAAAAAGCAUGCAGGGGGCCCCCCUCGUAGAGGCCCUGCGGGCACGAGCGGGGCAAGAGGCCCUCCUGGCUGCGGAUUUGGCCCUCCUCAGCAAGAGAGCAGCAAGCCAGCAGCUGGUGCCGAGUUUCUUUCCCGAGUUAGUGCAGCACUUUCCCUUGAAGGCCCUCUGA